AUGACGCCAGACGUGGCCUUCCCAGCAAGGCAGUGCAGGGGCUCGCCGGGGCCGCCGCUGAAGCUGCCAUGCGCUCCGGGCAGGCCGCCAGCCACCGGCCGGCCGCGUGCCAAUAGGUGCGAUUCGUGGCUUCCGGCGCGGGGUGGUGAAGUCCUGACAUUCCUCACCAGGCUCUCCAACCUGCUGGCCAAUGGCGAGGUGCUGGAGUUCAUAUGCCCAGCCGCCUCGGCCACGCGGGUGCUCUGGUCCGGGGGGCAGCAAGGUUCUCCGUUGCCUCCAGCGCAUAGCCAGUCCGGCAACUUCGAGGUGCUGAAGUCACCCGUGGGGGUGCGUGACUUCUGCGAAGCAUUUUCUGCGGGGACUGCGCGCAAGCACGGCGCGAUCACUGCCAGCAUUGCCUCGCUGCCCGACCCCAGGCGGCCCACUUCCGCUUGCAGUGACCUGCCAGGGUGGCAGGAUGGACCACCUAUGCCGGACAACGCCCGCGGAGCUGUGUGGCCCUGGCCUGGAACUUUGGUGCCGCAGCCAGGGACGCUUUCCGUCGCACUUUGCUUUCAGGAUCGGCAAUGGGAGCAGGUUGCCUUGCCGGCGCGUGAUGGAGGGGUCGGUUUUCGACCCAGCGUCACCAUGGCGGAUGUUGCUUAUCUUGGGUCCCGGGUGCUUGGCGUUGCUGCGUGGCCUGCGUUCCACUGGGAUGCGGCGCUGCCGCGUGAGCUUUCUGGAGCAGGCAGCGGAGCGGUGCAAUGCCCGGCUGGCCUGGCGAGCCGCGUCAGUGUCUAA